AGCAGUUAUCUCCUGAGUGCACUUUACUCCGUUUUUUCAGCUGAAAGCUCUAGUUGUCCAUUUACCUCGUACAAACAGGUUGACAGGCAAGCAGGGCGAAAUUCACGCCCCUGGCUACUGGCCUGCAUUCUAUCAUCUAAUAAACUUACCAACGAUUGGCGAGAAUUUCAUCGCCUUUGCUAAUUCCAGCCAAUCACAGGGGCCGAAGAGCUACUGGUGCUGUACAAUGGGGAAGACAAUCCGAUGAUAGCUGCUACAGAUGGAGAACAGACGAGAGGUUUGAGCAAGACAGGGAAAAAGGAAAAUAAAAAUUAAAAAUAAAAUCACCAUUAAACCACGAGGCGUGACAGAGAAGCCUGCCUAUUCUUCAGGGAAGUCCCUGGAGGAAUCAGCCAUGUCUCAGGAGAACACAGACCAGGUGCAGCAGGCAUGUGCUGCCUUUCUUGAGGAUUCUUCUCAGGUCUGCACCUCCAUGAUGGUGGUAGAGGAGGAAGGCAGGGCUGAGGAAGCAGGAGAACCACAAUCCAGUGCUCUCCUAGAGAUAAACCAGUUGUCCCCUGUAGAUGCAGGGUUGGGACAAGUUGGUGAACAACCAGGCUCCGACUCAAACUGUGAUGGACUUGAGGAGGAAGAUGUAGGAAAUCUGACCCAAGAGCUGGAAUCGGUCUCCUCCCAGCUGCAUACUGGGCUGGAUCCAGGUAAUUCUGCUGAAGGAGAACUAGAGUCAUCUGUGUUUUCCUGUGAGCACUGUGAGCGGCACUUCUCUACCAAACAAGGCUUGGAGCGGCACACACACAUUCAUGUCUCCGUGAACCGUCGGAUGCACACAUUUAAGUGUCGGUACUGCAGCAAGCCCUUUGGCUCACAGGUUGGCCGUCGGCGGCAUGAAAGAAGGCAUGAAAAUGGACCUAUGAAAAAAAUGGCUCUAGUCUCAGGGCUUGCAAAAUCGCUUAGUCAACUCAGUUCGCAGUCUGAUAAUUCUGGUCCAGACCCUGCGGCCACUUCUGACAGCGCAGUUGUCAAUGGGUCUCCGAGCUGUGUCAAUCCGAAAGUUAGCUCUUCAACGCAGAAGGUCGCUGUCAUGGCAGAAACACGACGGGCCUCCGCAGUGGAUGACAGUGGUGAAUCCAAGGAGCUUCACCCUUGCAAAUACUGCAAGAAAGUUUUUGGCACUCACACCAACAUGAGGCGACACCAACGGAGGAUCCAUGAGCGCCAUCUGCUGCCCAAGGGCAUCCGAAAGAAUGGCACUCUCCUGCAGGAAACACAGCGGCAGAAGCAGCCCCCUCCAGAGGGGUCCCCUGAUGCCAGUCCACCACCAGUUUAUGUGCCCAGUGGUGAUGUGGAAGAUGAGGGUGGUCAAGAGGAAUAUAUGGUUGACAUCUCCAACAACAUCUCUGAAAACCUUAGCCUGUAUAUUGAUGGAAAAAUCCUGUCAACUAGCACGGUCAGUAAUUGUGAGGUUAUUCAGGUAGACUCAAGCUCUGUUGCUUUAUUUGGUCUGGAUGCUUUCAUUAUUAGCCCAGAUCAAAUCAGCCAGGUUCUCAAAGUAGACACUGCAGUUUGUACAGUAAAAGAGAUUCCUGCCCAACCUGUCUCAAAAAGAAGAACUGCCACACCACCUCUUCCCCCUAACAUAAAAACUGAGUUGGACUCUAUACCAGUAAUAUCCUCCUUGUCUUCUCCUUCAUCGUCAUCAUCACCAUCAUCAUCUUCAUCUGUAGUUGGAACCAGCUCUUCUCAACCCACAGAGACACUAGCCUUUCAGAAAGAAAAAACACUAUAUCUCUCACCUAAGCUGAAGCAGCUCUUGCAGACACGUGAUGGAUAUAAACCUACCUCGACUCUGAUCACAGAUGGUCACAGACCAGGUCCACCCCCACCCAUGGCUGCUUUGUCUGCAGGUUCAGGGAGGUUCAAGAGAAGGACAGCUUCUCCUCCUAACUCUUCGCAGUAUAACCCUGUUGGAACCUCAAAGUCAGAGGCUGUGGUCUCUCUUGGGUCUAAGGCACCAAAGAUAGACAAUCAGGGCAGUUCCCCAACACAGAGUUCAAGCAAAGAUGAGAGAGACACUGCCAGUCCAUCUGGAACAGACCCCUUUAAAUUAACAACUGAAGACUGGCCAAACUCGAGGAGUGUGGGCAGUUCCUGCAACCAGCAACCCUUGGACCUUUCCAGUGCUGUCAGUAAAAAAGAUGAGGGUCAGAAUAAGGGUCCUGGAGAAAUUGUGUUGGAUUUGAGCAUGCAUAGGAAGACCUCCACCGAACCUGAAGUAAAGGGAAGCUUAUCCACACAGCCUCUACUCAAGAAAAGAAAACCCGACACUAGUGUUUUGGAGAAGGUGUUGUUAAAUGAGUAUGAUGGAUUGGAGGUGGCUGUAGAGGAAAAUGCAGGCAAAUUGGAGACCUCUCCAGGAGAGGUUGAACCUACAACACAAUGUUCUCCUGAUAGCCACUCCCAUAAUUCUGAAGAACUUUUAUCAGAACAGCUCAUUGUUUCUGUUACACGUCAGUCACCCCCUCCUUCUUUAACUCCUGUUACCAUGCAUUCCCCUUCCCCCUGCAGUCCAGCUGUAGGGUCUCCAACUCCUCCCCCUCCUGUUCUGCCCUCGGCUUCUUCUCCACAGCCCCUGUCUGAAUCUACAGAACUUCAGUCCGCUUCCUCCCCAACCCAGAAAUCUCUUCCAGACCUAUCACCCAACAUAUCACCUAGACCUCUUGAAAUUCAUCAGGAGAAGCUGUCACCUGUCUCAGAACAGGACACCAAUGUUAUGGUGCAAGACGUGGUAAAUUGUGCAAAUUUAUAUCAGUUAGCUGAGCCCCUGAGUUCUUCAGAACCAAAAAGCCAUACAUUUCUUACAAAUCAACCUUUUAACCAAAUGGCUAUACAUACAGCUUCAGAAUAUUCUUUAAUUGGUGGUUCUUCCUCUACGGCUAUAACUAACUGCAAUAUUAGCUCUUUUAAUGUUACUCAUAGGGCAGUUGUUAUCGAAUGUACACUUUCCAUUGAGUCGUCUCAGAAUCUCGUGUCUGCUCCAGUCACUGUUCUUGAGAAUCCUCCUACAGAUAACUUGAUAGUAAACCAGGAGGCAAAACUGGAAGAGCAGCCAAAAUCUCAUUCCCACACUCCACCACAUUCUCUUGACCCUCCUGUACAUCUGCCCCCCUCGUCAGAAUCGGCAGUCCCUUCUGUGUCCGAGGCUGUGAUACCUGAAAGUCUAGCACCUUCAAUGCCCCCGUUGUCUGGGCUAUCUGAAAUAUCUGAAGGUGAUCUGAAGCUUGAUGACCCAGUUGCAACUUCAGCUGACCCACCUGAUCUAGCACCUUUAACUCCACCUUCUGCCUCUGAAAGGACAUCUGACAAGGUGGAACCCUUACAGAAAGAAACUUUCUCGAAGAGCUUUAUGUGCAAUGUUUGUGAAAAGCCCUUCUGCUCAAUAAAAGAAUUGAGUCACCAUAUCUCUGAGCAUGCAGAAGAGUGGCCAUUCAAGUGUGAGUUCUGCGUGCUGCUCUUUGGAAAGGCUGAUGCUUUGCUAGAGCACCGUUCCUCCCUCCAUGGUGUUGGCAGAAUCUAUAUAUGUAGUGCUUGCUCAAAGGAGUUUGCCUACCUUUGCAAUCUGCAACAGCAUCAAAAGGACCUUCACCCCAGUCAAAACUGCACGUACACAGAAGUGGAAAAUGGGAAGUUAAGACCUCAGAAUCACAAUGGCCCUGUGACGGUAAAUAGGGAGAUGUCAGCUGAGGAUGGUCCCUCCAGCAAUGUAGCCAGUAACGUGAAGAAGGAGGAUGAUCUCGAUGACUCCACAGAAGAGCUGUACACUACAAUAAAAAUCAUGGCUUCCGAAGGAGGCAAGCCGAAAGCCCCGAACGUGCGGCUCGGCAUUAACCAGCACUAUCCCAGUUUCAAACCCCCACCGUUUCCAUAUCACAAUCGCACCCCUGCUGGCUCUGUUGCCUCCGCCACCAACUUCACUACCCAUAACAUCCCACAGACAUUCACCACAGCCAUCCGUUGCACUAAGUGUGGCAGGAGCUUUGAUAACAUGCCAGAGCUGCAUAAGCACAUUUUGGCCUGUGCGAACGCCAGUGAUAAGAAGAGGUAUACCCCUAAGAAGAACCCCAUCCCCUUGAAGGAGUUUGCGAAGGCACAGAAUGGAGUGCUUUCCCCAACCACAGCGGCAGCUGCCAAUGCCGGACAGAACACCUUCCGGCGGAUGGGCCUCUCCAAAAGGCUCAAUCUCAACCAAGAUCCGUCUUCUAAGGUGAAGCUGAAUGCCUUUAUCCCCAGGAAAAACCAGCUGGCUCAGAAGGCCAUUUUGCAGAGGAACAAGCAGUCUCUAAUAGCCAAGAGGAGCUCUGUGAAAGUGGAGGAGCAGCUCUAUGUUUGCCCACACUGCAACAGGGAGUUCACUUACCGGGGCAGCCUCAACAAGCAUGUGGCUCUCAGCUGCUCAAUGAAACCUGUUUCCAAAAAGUCCAAGAAGGUAAAAGCUGCCAGCAUAUCUGUCAGCCUGGAUCGCAAUGGUAACCUCCGUAGGCGAACAGCAGAUUCCGAAAUUAAGCAACAAGGGCCAGCCCUUGUGCCGAAAACCUUGGGAAAGACCAGAGCUCGAAGUUCUGGGCCUGGAACCGCUGUUCCCCUCAAGCCUCAACCCAGCAAAGGAAAAAUGGCAGUCCAGGCUGUUCAGCUAAAGAGGCCUGCUUCCUUGCCAGCAGCUCUUGUUCCUUUCAGCAAGAAAAGUAAAGCCGCCGUCAACAGCAGUGCUUUGAUGCUGCAGCCGUCUCCUGCGCUACCCCCCGUGCUUCCCCUGGUGCCCAUGAGAUCCCAACGUGGCGAGCCGGACCCACCUAAGAGACUGGCCGAAGGGAACCUGCCAUCACAACCCAAGAAAGAGGAGCGCUUGGCCGUGAUGGCACGUGUGAGGGCAGGUGGGCCAGUCACCCGCAGUCUACAACUGGCCAAUAGCAAGGCGCCUGCUAUGGCAGAGGGAGAGAUGUCCAACUGAGAACGCAGAGAACCUCAGGUGGAUCAGAACUGCAUUUUCUUGGUGCUCUUCUGCAAAUAGGACCCUUCAACAAAAUUUCCUGAGUUGGGCAAGAGGGGCAAUGAAGCCGGACGACCAUCCAAGAACGUGGGAGGAGGCAGUGGAAGGGGGGAUGUGGCAGGACGUCCACAGGCCCAGGUCCCGCCGAGAAGCAGUGGACUCCAGUAUGCUGGUUGACAAAGGGGACACGUUGUCCGUGCAGCGGCCAGACCCAGUGGGUUUAAAACUUGCACGCUUGUGAGCAUGUGGUGGAUUCUAAAGAUGGCUUCGGCUCUUUGCCGCUGUCGUGUAAGUUUCCCUGUGCACUUUUGUAAAAAUAAACCUUUCACCUGCUAGAUUUGUACAUUGAGAUUAUACUGAUGAUGCUUUAAAAAAAUACUUUCCCCCCCCCAUUACUUGACCUGUAUAGAACACGAUUAGUCUCAUCAAGAAUAAUUGCUGAUUUUACUGCAAAUGGCAAUCAUUAUGUGUUGUACACAAUGCCUACAUUGUUUGCUUGUUUUGUCACCAGUUUUGUGUUCCGUUUCUCAUUCAGUCCAUUUUUAUAGUGUCUAGUAAUGCAUGCCAUGAAUAUGAGGUAUGACUUAAAACAACACCGUUAUUUGUGAAAGCCACCUCCAUUUCUGCAAUAUGUUUAUUGGUAUGAACAUCUGUAAUACAUAAGAAAUAUGGUGUACAUUUCUUAAAUAUUACUGAUAUCUGGUUUAAAAUGGUAUUUAUGCUACAGAAUCCUAUGUCUAAUGCUAAGAAAGCUGCCUCUUUCCCUCAGGCAGGAUAUUGGAGUAGGCAGAGAGAGUCCCCUGCUGUUGUCCGUGAGGGGAGUCACAGUUCUGGGUAGCCAGUGUUUCAUGGUGGCUGAGACGGCUCACUCUGAAGGCAGCGAUCAGGCCCCAUCUCGUGUAAUGAUUACCUUCUCCGAAACGCUUAUUUCUCAAGCUGAAUGAAUACUAAGUCUACCAAUUUAUGACACUACUCCUUAACUAUCAGCUUACUGCUGAAAUCACUGAAUUUUUUCCAUUAAUAUUUUUGUUUUUAAACUUGUACGUUGCAUUAAGUGUAUUACAGUAUUUUUUAUUGUAAUGACAGUGCUUUGGUCUAAAUACUCUGACAUCAGUCAUGGCUUCAGAGGUGAGUAAAAGUCAUUGACUUUAAUGAAGAAUCCCGACACUGUGGUUGUGGUGGUAUUUGUUCACUGUUCACCUUUUGAUUUUCAAAUAAUUUUAGUGCUUUUUUAAAACAGCAUUUAUUGUAGGUAGAACUGCUCUCACUGCCCUCGGAAGACAGAUAUUAUGUUGAUGUUGGAAGACACUUGAAAUUACCUUUCUAAACACACUCUAGAAUAAGGCCCCAAUUCAUUAUAACCCCCCUCCCAAAAAACCCAGAGCUUUGACCUGAUGCCACAUACAGUAGAUUGCUGAAAAUAUAAUUGGUCUUUUGUUUUCCUUCUUAUAUUGUCCUGGUGCUGUGACGCACGGAACGGUUUCCUUCUCCAUGUUUUUUGCAAGUUGCUUUUUACAGUACAAGAAAUGAUCGUACCUUUUUAAAAUUCAUUUUCACAGCCUAACCAUAUGUUGACUUCAAUAGCUGAACUUUCUGAAAAUUAAGAUGGAGAAAAGAUGAGACCAUGGAGGAAGGAUUUGGCAUCUGUACGAAACAGUGAUGUGAAGGGUUAGCAGUACACUUUGACCAGGUGUGUUGAGUCACAUCAGGCAGCUGGGACUCUCUUCUGAUGUCAUCAGUAGGGAAUCGUCUAGGGGCUAUCAAGUUUGGACAUACUCUGCUGUAUAAAGGUUUGUUUUCUAUAAAGAAAAAUAAUCAUCGUGAUUAAUUUUGAAGGCCUGGUCCGUAAACACAAGAACUAUUCAAUUGCUCAUGCAUUGAAUAGUGCAUUCCCUAAUCAGAAGGUUGCUGGUUCAAGCCCAGCCUCAGCAUGUCUGCAAGUCCUUGAGCAAGACCCUUGACCCCCAGCUCCCUGGGUGCUGCUAUGGGUGGCUGCCCUUCACUGCCAGCUUGCUCUCACCUACAGGGAGCAAGUUGGGGGAGGCAUAGAGAAUUUCCCUCCAGGGGGCAAUAAAAUAUCUAUUUAAAAAAUAAAUAAAUAAAUAAAAUAAAUAUAUUGCCAUUGAAGCUGAUUUUCCAUCUUAGCUGCACAGAUGAUGAGGCUGACAGGGUCACUUCCCCAGGAAAAGGUGAAAACAUCUGACAUUAUGACUGAAAGGGUCGAGAGGAUUUUGUUUUUAUGGAGGUGUGUAUUUAUUAAGCCAGAUGAAUCUACCUCUGAAGCACUUCGAACUGAUGCAUUUUGAAAAGUUCCUCUUUUGCCGUUUUGAGAGAAUCUCUGCACUUUCAAAACUGUCAUUCCCGUUAACCGCUGGACCGCCUGGGUGUGGCCACAGAAAGGGGGCUCACAGCCCACCUGUAACAUAAGUGACAAAUAUGUUAAAGCCUUUAAUUUUUAUUCAGUUUGUUUGUCUUUGGACAUGAUUGUUGUCUGUUGUCUGAUCAACACAUGGUUUUAUGUAGAGUUUGUAGAGUAAAUGGGGAAAUUUUAAAGGUUUGAACAGGUACACUGGGUAGGGAGCUGCCCGAAUCUCUCCACAUGUGUUAUACAGACUGUUGGAAUUGAAAUUAUUAAAAUGUUUUCCCUUUUA